GACGUACGUCUUGAUGUUGUUCCAUAAAUGGAGGGACCUACAGUUUCAAGUUGACUCCGAAAGGCAGAUAUUUUUUAUGACGAGCUUUUUCAUGCCAGAAAUACACUCGGAGGCUUGCCAUUGCCUGCCAAGGGGCGAGCGCUGUUAGAAAAACUUUUUCUUCAUUUUGGUGUUGUUGGCUUCAUUUUAGUAAUGUUGACUUCCAAUGCCUCAAUCGAAGCUGCCACAAAGCAUUUUGGACUCCCACAAAUAAAAGUAGAAUGAUGGGAUAUCACACAAUCUUGGUGACCAAUCCACAGGUCCAAGACAAGAGAUAAAUUGCUCACCGAAACCUGCGUCGUCGUUUCGUUAAUCCAUUGUUUCACGGGCUGUAUGACAAGUAGCGCCGUCUUUUUGCAGCCAAAUGUUGUGGGCUUCAAUUUCUGACAUCCGGCAUCAAAAAGUCGUUUAUCAUGGCGCGAUAGCGUUCGCCAUUCAUUGUUACAUUGGCGCUAGCGUCGUCUUUGAAGAAGUAUGGGCCGAUGGGCCACACCAAACGGUUGUUUUUAAUGGAUAUACUGGCUAAUCUUAAAAGGCUUCGAGUUGCUCUUCAGCACAAGUAGUGCAAUUUUGUUUAUCGCUGUACACCAUAAGUUGACCUGUGCGCGCGAUGAACACUUUUAACAGAGCAUCGAUUUUCGUAAUAUAGUGGUACGAUUUGUAAACUUUGAGUCGUUAAUCUUUCCAUGAUGAAAUGUUGGUGUAUACUGAAAAAAAUUAUGUAUUUCGUUUGACAGUAGUCACGCGUGAUCUGUCAAAGAAACCCUGUUGAAAAAAGUACCUUCCUAAUCUGAUCCACACACCAUAUCCACACUUAUCAUUCACUUUCAUACAUAAAAACAUACAGUACGACAUAGGAGAUAAGCGUUCAGUUACCAUUGCCAUUAUCACUGCCACUGCCAGUGCCGAUGCUACUGCCACUCUUCCGCACUGAUUAUGAUAAGAAACUGACUAAAUCUUUGAAAAGUGUUUAGACCAAGCUUAAACUCCAUUUUGAGGUCUGCCUUUUUAGCGAAAGGCUGUAGCGGGUUAAAAUCCCUUCUUACCACUGGCACAAAUAUGGAGAAGAUUUAUUUUUACAUUAAGCAUUUUUUUAUUUUUAUUUAUCUAUUUUUUUAAUUUCAUAUUUUUUAAAUUUUAUUGUUUUUAUUUAUGGAGCGUCUUAGAGUUAUAUGUCCCCACUGUAGGGCAAACAAGUUUUAAUGAGAAGUUUUUUCAAGGCCGGAAUACACUCAGAGGUUCUCUUAAUCUACCGGGGAUGAUCAUUGUAAGCAUUUUUUUUAUAUUAUAUAAUGUUUUCUAUAUUCUCCUGGAUCGCGUCCAAUAUCUACUGCCUUUUGACAUGCGCAAGUAAACGCACGCACUGCAUCCACUUAUUAUUGAGUGUUUGGCUAUUUGUGGCGUGCGUCUUGAAGGGACCUAAGUUUUAAGCCGAAACCGAGCGGGAAAUCGAUUUUUAUGAGAAGAUUUUUCAUGGAAGAAAUACAUGAAAAAAACUUUUAGAAAAAACUUUUGCUAUCAUUUUGGUGUUUCAUUUACGGAGAUUCGAACGUGUGCAACUCCGAAUGGUAAUCACGCACCACACACCAUCGGCUAUGACGGCCACCAGCUAGUUCGUUCAUUAUCAAGCGAAACGCAGUAGUAAUUCCGCCUUUGUUGUUAUCAUCAGCACCUUUACAAUUGGCCUCGCAUAUUUUCCAAUAACGAACACGCACACAUACUUACGCACAUGUACACCUUUGUUCACAUAUUGAUAUAUAUAUUUAUGGCCCCUGUUAACCGCUAAUCGAAUUUAAUUGAUCAUAAUUGUGAUUCGAGUACUGGACAACUGAUUGUCACUUAUCAUUUUAGGGAUUUAUUGCGUGCACUGUACGUGGCAGCAGCGGUCUUUUUUGUUCUCGCUUUAGUUCUGUCGAUAUGUUGAUUUGCUUGCUAGCCAUCACUGCCCCUCAAUGACUGUAUUACUUUGCCAUUGCCCCUGCCUUUGUGUGUGUAUGUGUGUGUAAAUAUGUUUUCCCACAAGCAUCAAGUGCCAAGUGCCAAGUGUCCAUUGCCAAAUUCCCAUUGGUCGUACAUUUAUUGUGUCUUGUCAGCUGUGCUGUCAGUGUCAUCGCCAUUGUUUCUUUUAGUUUCGGUAGCGAUUUCGUAUCGUGCACACCUUUUACUCCGGUUUCGAUUUCUCUAUUGCAGUUUCGACUUGCUUUUGCGCGUUUUCGUGCGCGGUUCGCAAUUUAUAUGUCAGCUUAUCCUCAAUUUUUUGUUAGCUUAAUCCUCUACUUUCAAAGUCAAAUCAAUUCAAAACUACAUAACUUAAUUACAACAAUUUACCUAAUUUAAAACCAAUUGAAAUUGAAAAAUACUCCGAUUGAGCUAAAGAAAUAAACACUUUAAAGCAUAGCUAACAUUUAUUAUACAACUGCAUCGUUCACAUACAAUGGCAACACUGUCCUCCAACGCAGCCUCGAACGCUAGCGAACCGCCGAAAAUCAGCAAAUUCUUCAACAGCAGCUGCAACUACCAGAGCAAAAUCCAACAACUGAUCAGCUUCAGUUUCACCUCGUCGAAUUUCAUCUUUAUCACAUGCAUACUGAGCAUUAGUAAGCUGUGCACUGUUACCGCUGGUCCGGUACAAACUACCGCUGCUGCUGGUACACCAGGACCCACCACAGCCGGCCCACCCUACAGUGCACUCAAUGCUACAACGUUAAUGGAGAAAUUACAUUCGUUUGCAACAACACUUGGCCCACCUGUAACAUCGGCGGAGAAAUCAUCGAAAAAUAGUGCUCCUCCAGCGAAUAGUGUCAGUGACGGCAGUGGCUCAAUGUCGUUUUUUGGUCGCAAAAAUUUAAUACAUUUCGAUUUUAAAUUUUUGAAUGUCUCCGGCAAGAUUGGCACACCGCUUAGCAUUGGUAUGUAUUGCUUUUCAUGUGAUUCCUACAUAAGUUGAUAGAUGAGUAAGUAACGUAACGGAACGGAACGUAAGUAAGAAGGAUUGACCUCGUCGAAAAUUUAUCUAAUUAACAUUUUUUUGGCAUUUCGUACAUAAAUAUAGAAUUAAGAAGCGACAAGUAAGUGGGGCACAUACACUGAGUGAAAUAACUGCAGCACUUGGACUUUUGAAAAGUUUUGAGAAUUUAUUUGUUUCUUACCUAAUUUAAAUAAUUUUUUUUACAGCACUACAGUACUAGGA